CCUAACGGGGACAGUGCACAGUGGGGGAGGGUGAGUGGAGCUCAGAGCAUCCCUGCUCUCUUAAGAGACUUCCCAACCAUUCCCUCGGCUUUCGCCUCCCUGCAAGAAGAGCCUCGGACCCAGGCCAGGAGGGAGAAGUAAGGAGCCAUGGCCGCUCGGCUUGCUAUUCUACUCCUCCUAGGGCUUUGGCUGGACCCAGAGAUGGAGGCAGAGGCAGCCACAUAUAUAGACACAACCCCUCGCCUCUGGAUAGAGUCUGAAUCUCCAUCCGCACCCUGGGCCAACGUGACCCUCAAGUGCCUGGCGACUAACACUCUGGCGAUGAAAUUCGAGCUGUUGAAAGAUGGGGAAGUCUUCUCUUCUCUUUCUGCCCUUGGAACCUCUGCCAGGUUCCCACUGGGGCCAGUGACAGCUGAUAACAAGGGUAUUUACCGGUGCCGGACCCUAGGGGCAGAGAACCACUGGGGUCUGAGUGCCUCGGUGGAGGUGACAGGGACAGAGCCCCUCCCAGCACCCUCCCUCCGAGCUGAGCCCGGGCCUUGGAUCCUCCAUGGCCUGGAGACCAAGCUGCACUGCCAGGGCAAGCUUCUGGGCAUGACCUUUGAACUACACCAGGAAGGAAACCAGGAACCUGUGGUCAGCUCCCACACCCCAGAGACAGAAGCCACCUUCAUCAUUAGGAACCCUGGGAACUACACCUGCCGGUACCGACCACCCACAACGGCCCCUGGGGUGAAGUCAGCACCCAGCGAGACCAUAAAUGUGGUGAUACCAGACUCCCUCCCAAAGCCCUCUUUCAAAUCUCAGACCAACCUGGUCAUCGGGUCUGGUGGCUCCGUCACCUUCCGGUGUAGUGCAAUGUUCUCAGGGCUGGAGUUCAAGCUGUUUAAAGAUGGACAUAAGGUGUUUGUCCCUUUGAUGUCUUCAACGGACCCCCAGCGGACUGACUUCCACCUGAUGGAUCUGGAACCCAGGGCUGCUGGCAGAUACAGCUGCCGGUACCGGUUUGGGAAUGGGCCACUGAUCUGGUCAGAAGACAGCGAGUCCCUGGAGCUUGUCCUGACCACAGGAACAUUGCCCAAACCGUCCCUCUCAGUGCAGCCCCAGGAUGCCAUGAUUUCUCAAGGGACCAAUGUGACAUUCCAAUGCCAGGGGUCCCACCCCAAUAUGAGGUUUGCCCUGCUGAAAAAAGGCUCCAGUGAACCCGUGCAGGUUUUGAGCACCACUGGAUCCCACGCUGACUUUGUCCUCUCUGACAUCAUGGCUUAUGAUUCCGGCAAUUACAGCUGUGUUUACUUUGAGACGGUCGCCCCGUUCGCCGGGUCCCCAAUGAGCGAGGAUGUGGAGGUUCAAGUUGACGGCCUCCUCCCCAAGCCCACGCUGCACCCCUUGAGCCCCGUGGUGACCCCCGGGAAGGACGCAGCCCUGCGCUGCUCGGCACGGGUCCCUGGUUCCAGGUUUCAGCUCUUCAGGGACGGAGAAAGCACAGAGCUGAAAGUGCACCCCCGGUACGUCAAUGACUACACCGUUGACUUCCUGUUGAGGAAUUCCAGGCCCCAGGAUGGGGGCCGGUACAGGUGCCGCUACCUCACGUGGACAAAGCCCAUCUUGACUUCAGAGAUCAGUGACACUGCAGAGAUUUCAGUGACAGGAAAAAUCCUAUAAAAACUAGAGCCAUAUGGACAAGUGAAAUAUUGUCACUGGAUUGUCACUGGAACCCGUGGUCCCCAGAGAACUCAGCCUCUGAAGCAGAACGACAAAAUUAAGAUUAUUAUCGCACCCACAGAAAUCAACCUUGGAUCGUGAAAAUAAAUACAUUUGCUGUUUA